CGACUACGAUCUCUAUCUCUUUCUCUCCUCGUUGUCCAAAGACUGCGUUUCCUUUCGAAGUCUCUCGCGGCGCCAUUGUUUGUUUCUUCCUCUCUCUCUCUCUCUUUCUCUUCUCUGUAAAUUUAUAGAAUUCGAGACUACAGAGAGUAAUUGGGUGAAAGGGAGACUGAGAAACAAAAAAGAGAGAAGCGAAUUGAAAAAUGCAUUCGUUUGGGUACAGAGCCAACGCUUUGCUGACCUUCGCGGCCACUAUACUUGCCGUCGUUUGUGCCAUGGCCUCCUUCUCUGAUACCCUCAAUUCGCCUUCACCCACAGCACAAGUGCAGGUUUUGAGCAUCAAUUGGUUUCAAAAUCAACCCCAUGGAAAUGAUGAGGUUAGCCUGACUUUAAACAUAUCAGCAGACUUGCAGUCAUUAUUUACAUGGAAUACGAAGCAGGUUUUUGUGUUUCUUGCUGCUGAAUAUGAAACCCCAAAGAACUCCUUGAACCAGAUCUCACUCUGGGACGGUAUCAUACCCUCCAAAGAGGAUGCGAAGUUUCAAAUCCAUACUUCGAACAAGUACCGUUUCGUUGAUCAGGGAAGUAAUCUGAGGGGUAAAGAAUUCAACUUGACACUGCACUGGCAUGUGAUGCCAAAGACAGGCAAAAUGUUUGCAAACAAAUUAGCGAUGUCUGGAUACCGCUUGCCAGAAGAUUACAGAUAGAGGAAAUUUCUCCAUUCAUUUUGUAACUUCUGAACUUCACUCAGUUUAUAUAGGCUUUAGCACCACCUUAAUCUCAACUUCUCAUGGAGGGAAUAGGAACACAGAGGAUUUUAGUUGUAUGCCAUUUUCCAAGCCAUUAAUUCUAAGGCUUAAUGAAUUCAUAUGCCACAACUGGUCUGCUCUAUCUCUCUCUUUUCUUUGAUCUAAUGCAUCAGUGGUUUACAUGUUGAAAA